AAAUUUGACGAAAGGUGGUUUAUAGUACUCUUUAACAGAAGUCCUUCAAGAGCACAAAUUGCAAGAAUUUUGUGGGUUUUUGACCUUUUUUAGGGUUUAUAAUAUAGGACAGUGGAGAGAGAGAGACAGGAAAGAUGUGGAUGAAAGAGGAGGAAUGACCUGCAGUAAAUAACCAUGGCUCGGACUCCAACCAUGAGCUCUGCAUCGGGACUAUAGCUGCUGUAGUAAGAGUGUAAAAUGAACUCUUGACUUGUAGAUGGUUCCUGUGCAGAUCUGUAUCAUUUCAACAUGAGAGGUGGUGAUCGUGAGCAUUUUGAUGGUCAUGAAGCAAACAGGAAGCAGUAGAAGAAAUAAUCAGCCACAGUCGAGGAGGGGAUUUCUCCACAACUCAUUUUUAAUCAAACGUGUCUUUCAUGUGGUUCACAUCAGCUGAUAACCAGCACUAAAGAAUAGUUUCAUUGCUGCUAUAAAGUCACUGAAAUUCUACCUGAAAUCAUUACUUUUUCAAAAAGUAAAGCGUUUAUUGCAGACUGAGCUGUGAUUUACACUCUUGGACUUCUAAACUUGUAAAAGCAUGAACUGUCCGGCCCCUCCUCAGGUCUCCAUGCUUAGUUUCACUUUCAUGUUUGUCAGUAUAAAGCAAAGAGGAACACGUCUGAACAAGGAAGCUUCACCAGCAGAGUGCUGACAUUACAUUACAGCUGUGGUUUUUACCGCUUUGGUUUUAGACAACAUCUGGAUCUGCUUCUGCCAUGAACCCUAACAGCGGAGAUGAUGCAACACGAGGCCAAGAGCCUCUCAGGAUCAUGCUUAUUGGAAAGAGUGGAGCAGGAAAGAGCUCCAGUGGGAACAACAUCCUCAAUAAGAAGGUGUUUAAAUCGGACGUGGAACUGAAGAGAGUCACUAUCCACUGUGAGAGGGAGAGUGGGAUGGUGGACGACAUGCCAGUCACUGUGAUCGACACGCCAGGGCUUUUUAUGAAAGGAUGCAACAAGGACGAAAUAGUUCGGGAGAUUCUCCAGCGUGUGAAGCUCCAGGAGCCAGGACCUCACGUCUUUGUGUUCGUGAUCCCAGUGGGAAGAAUGACCCAGGAGGACCAGGACACCAACACCCUGACCGAAGCAAUUUUUGGCCCCAGAGUUUGGGACUACACCAUCGUGCUGUUCACCCAUGGGGACCACCUGAACGAGAAGUCUAUAGACAAUGUCAUUACAGACAGCAACGCCAGCCUCCGCAGCUUCAUAUGCAAGUGCAGGGGUGGCUUCCACGUCUUCAACAACAAAAACCCGGAGGACCCAUCGCAGGUGACCAGCUUGGUGCAGAAGAUCCAGACCCUGAAGGCCCUGAACGGAGGAGGUUACUACAAGACAGAGCUGUACCCCGAAGAGGAGAGGAGGAUCAGAAGGAAGCAGGAGAGCAUCCUGGCAGAGAGAGACCAAGUCAUCAGACUCAAGGUGAAAGUUCUGCAGAAGCAUUUCAAGGGGGAACAGCUGAAGGUGAAGAUAAAGGAGAUGUGGAGAGAAGAGGAGGAGAGCUCAAGAAAAGCUGCAGAGGAGAAAGUUGGCAAGAACUCCUACUUCAUGAAGAUUCUGAAGGUGAUCAUGUCGGUGCUAUUGGUGGGUCUGCUGGCUGGUUGGGCUCUUCAGCUGCCAGCUGGGUUCCUAUUAGUUGUAGCAGGGGUUUGGAUUUGGAUGCUCUUCAAGAUGUAUCCAACUAUUCCAGGAAAAAUAUGGCGGUCUUAUGGUACAGGAUAAAUGUCAACCCAGAUGUGAGAGUCGCACAGAGCAGACAGCAGGCGGAUUGGAAUUAAACAAUGUUUAUUUUACAAAUAAUUAUUUUUAACAAUUUAACUGCUAUUCAAUUAUAGUCACUCUUAUUAAUUAAAAAACACUAGAUAUGAAGGAAAGGUUUACAUUAUAUGCUUAUCUCAUCCAGUUCUUGGUUAUCAGCCUUUCUCGAUCACCGAUAAUCGAUAUUGGCCCUGGAAACCCAUAUCGGUCAAUCCCUAGGAGCAUUGUUAGUAAUUCAGUCUUUAUCAAUCAAUUCUGUGAUGAAUGUAAGAAAUAGAAUCUGUUUUAUUUCAGAGAAAUUGCUCAGAAAACAUUUUUUAGAAGCAACCUAUGGUCAAAUUCUAUUUGCUUCUUGUUAACUCUGGAUGAAUCCACCAUCAGAUAACUGUAAAAAUGCUGCUACAGCAAACCUGAUUAAAGCAGGUUUAAUCAUGUUUUUAAUGAAUUAAUAUAGAAAUAAUUUGGUAUAUUGUAUAAUAUGUAUUUUAGAGUGAUAUCUAGCAGUGUGACUGUAAAAUGUUGUUCAGGUUUCAUUUUACUACUAAUAAAAUCUUCUUUGCUGCUCA